AGGCCCCUGCCUGAAGGCCAGGCUAAAAUAUCUCUUGUGAUUUCAUGGCUGACCACCUUCUAACGCACCCUCCUUCCCCAGAUUCUUACGGCUGCACCCUUUCCGAUACCAUCAUGGGAGCACUCUGCCUACAUUUUCUUUCGUUCUUUCAAAGAUCUCGAGCUCUGAUGUGGUAAUUUCUUUUUUUUUCACGAUAUCUUGCCGGAAUACGACAUAGAUACCAGGUAUCUAUCUAUCUUCACAGUAUGUUUUGUUCCACAAAAGCCCCUGAGGAAGUUGCCCAUGUAAUUAUGUAUGUCUCUAUCCACAGGGUGUUUCCAUACACAGUUCCUACUAUAUACCUUAUUGAUUUCCACGGGAUGAUUGUCGCUGCACAUCAUUGCACAUACCUAGGUAGCACGGGGCGGCUUCUGUGGGGUGGUUUGGUCUACUACAGUGUCCUCCUUACGACAAAUACUCCUAAUAUUGUAUGCUGUAUUUCGCUUAUCUACUCUACAAGAAGCGACGAGAUUUCCAUGAGUUGGGUUUCACACAGUGGUUGGAUUAAAACGGCUUACACCUAUCAUCACGCACGCACUAAAACGAACAUAGUUACGUGCAUUUGCCGCGGUACAGCUAAGCGUCAAACAGUUAAACUCCUAGUGUAUUUAUAUAUGAGACUUGGGUGCCCAGUAUGUAGGUAUCCCGUUGGUUUAAUUCACGGUAGGGUGAGAUAAAUAUCUAUUAUUAUAUAAGGAGGACAUGCAUUGGCACG